UUCUUCGAUCAUUUAUUGAACUCGUAUCGAACUGCCAGCCUAUGAUUAUGGCGGAGGAACGGGGGAACGGAGAGAGGGAGGGCGAAGUGGGAGUGGAUGACGAAAUGGAGGAAGGUGAGAUACCGGAAAACGAGUCGCAGGAGGGUUCGUCGGCGGAGAAGAGCGGAGAACCCAUCGCGAUGCCGCCGCACCCUUUGGAACAUUCGUGGACGUUCUGGUUCGAUGAUCCCUCCGGCAAGGCGAAGCAAGGUGCUUGGGGAAGCUCCAUACGGCCCAUCUACACGUUCCACACAGUUGAAGAUUUCUGGAGACUUUACAACAACAUUUAUCAUCCAAGUAUGUUAAUUAGUGGAACAGACAUCUACUGUUUUAAAUACAAGAUUGAACCGAAAUGGGAAGACCCGAUAUGUGCAAAUGGAGGGAGAUGGACUAUUGUCUGUCAAAGAGGAAAGUCAGAUACAUUGUGGUUGUAUACUUUGCUGGCAAUGAUUGGCGAGCAAUUUGACCAUGGGGAUGAAAUUUGCGGAGCAGUUGUCAAUGCACGUCCAAAACAAGAAAGGAUAGCAUUGUGGACAAAAAAUUCAUCUAAUGAAGCUGUGCAGCUAAGCAUUGGGAGACAAUGGAAGGAACUCUUAGACUGUAAUGAUCAAAUUGGUUUCAUUUCUCAUGAUGAUGCAAAAAGGCUUGAGAGAGCUGCCAAAAACAAGUACACCGUGUGACUUUUUUACUCAUUAGGUAUGGAUUUAUAAUAAGCAGCGUACAUGAUGGGUAGGAGGAACUCUUCCUUUUGAGUUCUCUUGUUCCUGCAUCUAUUCAUUUUUUAUGAUAGUUUAUUAGAUAUAGGGAAGAAGAUGUUUGCCAAAGACGUCUCUAAGGAAAGCAAUGCAAUGACAGGGCAUGCUGGAUCAUUUGAAAAAUUGACUAUUUGUUUCAAAUUUGAUUGUUGCAAAUAGAAAAUAGUUUUGGAAUG